AUGAACGGCGUCAUCGAGGCCCUUUACGUGUACGACGACAAGAGGAACUCCGUCUUGUCGCAUGCCUACGCGGGCCGGCCGCUCUCCGCGACGCACCUCCUGCCCCUCUACCUCGAGCACCCGGCUCCCCGACCGCAUCUGAUCCAUCUCGCCAACACCAGCCCGCCGACCCUCGUCUUCAGCCUGACCCACGCCAACCUCCUGUUCCUCGCGACCUCGUCCACGGAAAUCGAGCCGCUCCUCGUCCUCGAGUUCCUGCACCGCGUCGUCGAUGCCUUUGAGGACUUCAUCGGCGCCCCGCUGCUCGCGGCCAAGAUUGAGAACAACUACGACGUGGUGGCCCAGCUGCUGGCGGAGAUGUGCGAUGCCGGCAUCAUCAGCACGACCGAGCCCAACGCCCUGAGGGAGAAUGUCGAAAUGGAAGGGUGGAUGGGCAAGCUGCUGGGAAGCAUAAGCCUGCCAGGAAAGUCGUCCCUGUCGUCCAACUUUUCCAACUCCAACACUCCCGCGCUGGCGGCGCCGCCCAACACCCCCGCUCUGCCUUGGCGACGGGCCAAUGUGCGCCACACGUCCAACGAGCUGUACGCGGACAUUGUCGAGACCUUGUCGGUCACGCUCGCGCCUUCGGGAAGGCCGCUGGCCGCGUUUGCGAACGGGUCCAUAGCGUUCACGGCCAAGGUGUCGGGAGUGCCGGACGUCACGCUCAACCUCGGCAGCGCGUCCGGGAAGCACAACGUCGGCGGCAUCAUGGAGCUGCCCGUCUUUCACCCCUGCGUGCGCCUCAACAGGUGGAAAGAGCGGCCGGGCGAGCUGAGCUUCAUACCCCCGGACGGACGGUUCAUCCUGGCCGGGUACGAGGUAGACUUGCUGCCUUUUGCCGGGGGCGGCAAGGGGGCCGACAGCCUCGGCGCCAGCAAUCUCAGGCUGCCCGUCAACCUGGAGAUGAGGACGGGGCUAGGUCCGGCGGGGUCCGAGUUCGAGGUCAGGUUGCAGGUCAACAAGGCGUCGUCGGCGUCGGGGCAGUUUGCUCGCGGCAUCGGGUCGGGAAGGACUGGGUCGCCGGGCGCGCCGCUGCUCGAGCAACUCACCGUCACGAUACCCCUGCCGGAGGACGUCAGAAACCUCUCCGACAUGCGGCCCAGCCGAGGCGAUGCCAGCUUCAGCCCCGGGGAAAGGGUGCUCGAAUGGCACGUCCCGUCCAAGGAGCUGUCAGGCCCGGUGUCGCACUUUGGACUCCGGUGCACCGUCGCUGGGUCCGUGGGCGACGACGAAGAGGACCGGUUCGACCCCAGCGGGUUUGCGUUUAGCAACGACUAUUCUUACAGCGAACCCUACCAGAGCUCACCGGCCGAGGGCAACCCAACCAGGACGGACGGCGGCGGCGGCGGCGGCAGCAGCAGCAACAACAACAGCAACAACAACAGCAGCGGCAACGGCAGCGGCAGUGAGCAAGACGCAAAAAGGGCGGCGCAAAACAAAAUCCUGAUGCCGACCUCGGCGUCGGUAAGCUUCUCCGUCAAGGGUUGGCUAGCAAGCGGUCUCAAGGUUGACAGCAUCGUGAUGGACGCGCGGAAGAGUCGUGGUCUGGGGGAAGGCGUGAAGCCGUACAAGGGAGUCAAGUAUUUGACGGUCAGCAAGGGGGGCGUGGAGAUUCGGUGUUAG